UAUCUAUUAUACACAUAUUCAACGUCUUCUUUUCCUAAUCAACAAGAGCAAAAUGACGGAUACAGCUAGAACCCAUCACGAUAUCACCACUCGGGACCCGUAUCCUAUGAUGGGCCGAGACCGAGACCAGUAUGCGAUAAUUGGCCGGGACCAAUACCAAGGGUACGGCCAAGAUUACUCCAAGUCUAGGCAGAUUGCUAAAGCUGCCACUGCAGUCACCGCUGGUGGAUCUCUCCUUGUUCUCUCCAGUCUCACCCUUGUGGGAACGGUCAUUGCAUUGAUUGUUGCCACUCCACUGCUUGUUAUCUUUAGCCCAAUCCUUGUCCCUGCUCUUAUCACCGUCGCACUGCUCAUCACCGGUUUUCUCUCCUCUGGUGGGUUUGGUAUUGCAGCUAUAACUGUCUUCUCUUGGAUCUACAAGUAUGCAACGGGAGAGCACCCAAAGGGGUCAGAUAAGUUGGACAGUGCAAGGAUGAAGCUGGGAAGCAAGGCUCAGGAUAUGAAGGACAGAGCUCACUACUAUGGACAACAGCAUACAGGUGGGGAACACGUCAACACCGACUACCGCAACACCGACCGUGACCGCACCCGUGGAAACACUACUUAAAGCACGCCAUGACUAUAUCAUUAUAGUCCAGCAACUCUGAUGUGGGAGUCCAGUUUAUGAGAAAUAAGGUGUUUAGAAUUUGUUCAGGGUGGAUAAUAAAAGGGGGAAGCCUAUCUCACAUUCCCAUUAGUUUUUUUUUCCUUUGUCAUAAAUAAUGUGCAAGUGUGUUGUGCUCUUGUCACAUGGUACCAUGUUUUUUUGUGUUCUCACCUUAUGUUGUACGUUCAUUUUUUUGUACGUUCUUUCCCUUGUUUGUAUCAUUUUAUGUAGUAACGUCUAUAUAGAAAAUGUCUUGUUUCGUGAGACUA